UCAUAGAUGCUAAGGACGGGUGCCAUGAGCAUAGCCGUCUUAAGUGCUUGGAGUGACCGGCGUGCGUCGUCAUCGAAUACGAAUGGCACCUUUGGCGACUGUAACCUCGUAGUACCAGCUCCAUUGAUGGACGCCGAAGUAGAGGUAGUCGAAAUUCACGCUUACAUUGCGAAGAUCGACCGUGAGUUCAAGACGCAACGGUACGACGACAUCGACGCACCAUUGCUAUAUGUACGCAUUCAGAUCGGAGAGGCGACCUGCAACGCCUUGAUCGAUUGCGGAGCAUCUCGCAACUACAUCAGCCAGGAUUUCAUGGUACGUGCCGGCCUUGGCCCACGUGUCCGGAGGAAGCCCCAGCCGACGCAAGUCACAUUGGCGGACGGUCACACGCACAAGUCAAUCGACCAGUGCAUUGACGACGUCCCAGUGUACUUUGCCCCUCACGCAAGUGAGGCGGUGUCCUUUGAUAUUCUGGACACCGAAUUCGACAUGAUCUUGGGCAUAUCAUGGCUGCGAAGCAAGGAUCACCCGGUGAACUUCUUCAACCGCACCGUUCACGUUCGUGAUCGAAACGGAGUAUUAGUUCCAUGCACGGUGCCUCUUCCUCACCCUUCGAUUAGCUGCCACGUGGUAUCCGCCGCAAGCAUGCGAGCUUCCAUCAUCAGAGACGACAUCGAGGAGAUGGGGGUGUGUUUUCUCCACGCCCUCCCGCCCCGAGACGCUUCAUCGACGGACUCAUCUUCGGAUCCACGCAUCACCGAGCUUCUCGACGCCUACAGUGACGUGUUCGAAGGCCCGCACGGAGUAGUACCGGAUCGACCCAUCCGCCACGAGAUCAUCCUCGAGGACGGGGCCGUACCUGCGCGCGGUUGCAUCUACCGAAUGAGCGAGGAAGAGUUAAGUGUGCUUCGGGCACAACUCUACGACCUUUUGGAGAAAGGCUGGAUUCGGGCUAGCUCACCGCUAUACGGUGCUCCUGUUCUCUUCGUCCGGAAGAAGAACAAGGACCUCCGGUUGUGCAUCGACUAUCGCAAGCUCAACGCGCAGACGAUCAGGAACGCCGGCCCUCUCCCAUGCAUCGAUGACCUUCUCGAGCGAUUGGGCGGCGCCCAGUUCUUCUCUAAGCUGGAUCUCAAGUCAGGGUACCACCAACUCGAGAUUCGCGAGGAGGAUCGCUACCAGACCGCGUUCAAGACACGGUAUGGGCAUUUUGAAUGGCUGGUCAUGCCAUUUGGCCUUACGAAUGCCCCGACCACUUUCCAGGCGGCUAUGACAACGGAGUUCCGACAGAUGCUGGAUCGUUUUGUACUCAUCUACCUCGACGACAUCUUGGUGUACAGUCGCAGUUUGGACGAGCAUGUGGAACACCUGCGCACCGUUUUGGAGCGGCUACGACAAGCCAAGUACAAAGCAAACCGCGACAAGUGCGAGUUCGCACAGCAGGAGCUGGAGUACUUGGGACACUAUGUCACGCCGCAAGGCAUCCGUCCGCUUGCGGACAAGAUCGAGGCCCUACGACUGACUGCUGAUGGUGGUGGUCGGCGCAGCGAAGGUGCUGAUGUCGCCGAGCAUUGCCACUACGUGGUCAACGCGGUCCUUCAGUUGGCGGCUAGAGGGUGCACUGCUGGAAGCCCCAGCAGCUGGUCCUGGUACAGCCUGUUCCAGGUCCAGCAAUCGGGCAUUGAGUGCCCGAGUUGCAUCCUCGUGGCUCUGCACUAUGCGGCGGAGCUUUGCCAACUCCUGAUGCUGUUGCGUCAGUCUAAAAACAUUCCUGAAAGUCGCGGCCGGAGUCGUGGCGGCCGUGAUCACGGUCGCCCUCUGAGUUUGAACCCACAGCCACGGCCACGGGUGAUACAUAGGCUCGCCGCCGUGCUGAAGGAGAGAAGUGAGAAGGAGUUGAAGAAGCAAGCCUUAUUGGAGGGGCAGGCGGCGAAGAAGAAAAAGUUAGAGGAGGAGAUGGAGAGACUAAAGAAAGAAGAAAAAGAGAAGUUGAAGGCAGUGGAAGAAGAAGAAGAAGAAGAAGAAGAAGAAGAAGAAGAAGAGAAAGGGGAGUCGAGUGGAACGACGGAGGAGGAGAAGAAGCUGGAAAAGACGGUGACUGAGUGGGCGGCUAAUUUAUCCCUAGGAGAAAAUGAAGAAGCAAUGAUGUACAUUCCCCAAGAUGAGAGGGACACAGCAAUAGCGGAGAUCCAGGCAGUGCAGGAUCCCUUGCAGCGUCAGGCAUUGGAGGAGGAGAAAAGGAUGGAGUGGAAGUUGCGCCUUAUAAGGCAGAGAAGGAGGCGCAUAGAGGUUGCAAAAGAGUUGGAGAAAGAACCCGUAGAGUUCAUGUCUGCUAGGAUGCCUUCAGAGAAGGUAGCAACAUCGACCUAUGAGAGGGAACUCUACGCUCUCAGGCAAGCGUUAGACCAGUGGAAAUAUUACUUGCUUGGGAGACACUUCAAAGUCUACUCAGACCACGAGACAUUGAGGUGGCUGAAGACUCAAGUUAAGAUGACACCUAAGCUUGCUAAGUGGGCUGAUGAGAUAGAACAGUUCGACUUUGAGCUCAAGCCUGUUAAAGGGAAGUACAAUGUAGUUGUGGACACUCUAAGUAGAAGAGCCGAUUACUUUGGGAGCGAGAACAAUUUGCUAGGGAAGGAGGGUGAAGAAAAUCCCAUGAAGCAGCAGGUGAUGGAGGAGGAGAAAAAGUUAGAGUGGAAACUCCGCCUUGCCCGCGAGAGGAAGAGGAGAUCGAAGGCGGCCGAGAAAAUGGAAAGGGAUUUGAGGGCUGCUGAAGUAGAACAUUGGAGGUUGGCAGCGCAAGUUGAUCUCCAAAAGAAGGUGGAGAUCUUAUCACAGAGCGUGAAGGUGAUGCUGAAAGCGCAGCAAGAACAGUUGCGCUAUUUAAAGGGCCAUGACAUCACGCUGCAAUCCAUGCGCACCGGUUUUAAGGAUUUUGCAAAGGAUAUGAUGAUGCACGUAGGCACCAAAUUGCGCACGAUUAUGGAGGGCACUCGGAAGUUUUGCAUGGGCGCCAUUGAAGGCGCCAAGAUAGUGGGCCCUAAAGAGGAAGAGGCCCGGCCACGUAGAGAGCCCGUUAAAGUGAAGUUCCCUGAUUCCUUCAAGAGGAAUAAGGAGGAGAACUUCGAUAAUUGGGAGGCAAACGUGAACUCUUAUGUUCACCUCCAGAAGAUAGCUCAUGAGGAACAUGUCCUCAUUGCCUUCCAUGCCCUUAAAGACGAAGCAGCUAGCUUCGCCAGAUCGCUUUGUCGUGUUGCCAAGUGCGAGAACAAUAUGGUCGCGUAUUCUCUAAUCACCCCCCUGAGUUAUUUCUUUAAGCUACUACGUGAGAGAUUCGCAGAUGUCACGCGAAGUGUUAGAGCUUCUGACAAACUGCAGACGGUCCAUUCUCGCCAAUGGAGGAGUGCCAGGGCACUCAAGGGUGUCAUGGAUGAGUUAGUAGCGGUCCCUGACCAUGGGGUCACUGGGAACCACCUGGUCCAACUGUUUUAUCGCGCCAUGCCCGAACCGUUGCGCGGGCAUUUCUUUGAGAAUAGUAGAGAGUCUACCAUGACCUACGAUACUUUGAGUAGGGAGGUGGUAGCAUUUGAAGCGCGGUCCAUGCCAGUUUCCACUUUCUGGCAUAAGGACCUUGAAAAGGGCAAAAAGUGGAAAGGCCGCACCAUCUCGGGUCAGGUCAUGAGUAGGCAUGGCAAAAGUCAAGUCAUGGUCAUAGUAGAUAGAUUUAGCAAGUAUGAAGUUUUUGUCCUUUUGCCUGCAGAGGCACGCACAGACUUAGUAGUUCAAAAGUUUUUUGACCAUUGGGUCAGUGAGCAUGGUAUACCGCUGUCGAUAGUUAGUAACAGGGAUACCCGAUUCACUAGUCAGAACUGGCAGGAGCUGAUGAAAGUUUAUGGCUCGUUGCUGAUGUCAUCUGGUCGUCAUCCUGAGACUAACGGCCAGACUGAACAGAUGAACAAGCUCCUGCCGCAAGUUCUCAUAAUGUACAUUAGGCCCGAUCAGAUCAGUUGGGAUGAGAUGCUCCCAAAGGUGGCCAGUGCCUACAAUAAUAGCGUGCACUUAUCUACGUGCCGCACUCCCAACGAGUUGCACAAGUCCUUUAGACCGCGCAGACCAUUUAAAGGACUUAACCGGGAUCAAAUUCAGAGGCUACCGCCCGGUACACGAGAGUUUGCGAUACAGCACGAGAAAGAGAUAGCUACCGUUGUUGACAACCUCAGGAAAGCCCAGCACAUAACGAUAGAGCAAGCUAACAAGCACCGUCGCCCCUCACAGUUUCAAGUAGGCGACUUAGUCUGGGUCAAGUCAAAAGAGUUUGCCCCUGAGGAAAACAUCUCACAAAAGUUGUUGCCUGCGUAUAGAGGACCGUGGCCAGUCCUAGAAGUCAAGGGCGGAGAAGAUGGGUCGUCCUAUACUAUUGAGAUCCUAGCAUACCUCCACACCUACCCAGUGUUCCAUGCAUCGAAGCUGUUACCUUGCGUCACAAGCCAACAAUUCACAUCACGCAGAUCUAUGAUUCCUCCACAUAUGGAUGGAAGAUAUGACAUUGACGGGAUAGUGGGUGAGGAUGUCUUCAGGACAGGAGGUAGAGGUCGUCCCCAGAAACAGUACAAAGUCAGAUUUGCCUAUCAAGAGCCAGAAGACGACCGCUGGUUCACGCAAACAGAACUUCCAGAGACAACUCCUGAUAUAGUCCGAGCUUACGAAAGAGAUAAGAAGGGUAAAGGUCCUGCCUUAGACUGAAGUAUUCUCGGAGGACCUCGAAUUUAAGCCGGCGGGAGUGAAACAGUUUUCACCUGUCUGCAGUCACAGAUGCGAGCCCUAGAAUU